GCCUGUUCAUUCACGGAUCAUUCCCAGGUCGUCGACGACCUCACCGAUAAGGUCCAGGUCAUGGAAAUGCAAAUGUCGGUUCUGAGCGACGACCUUUCAACGAACAAAGAUCUCUACCACCGAGUCAGACAGGAGAACUCGAGUCUAACUCAACGGAUACAUUUGCUGGAAGAGAACCUGAGAGAGCUCGAAGUCAAAUCCGACGAGAGACUCCGAGACGAGCGGCGCCAGUUCACACAAAUGAUCGAACGCAAAGACAGGGAGCGAUCCCUCGAGGUGGAUCAGCAUGUCAACAAAAUUCUCGAUCUCCAGAAGGAGCAUCUGGAGACGAAAGAAGAACUCAUCAAACUCCGAGCAGUCAAUGAACAGCUGCGACAAGAACGAAAGGUGGCAGUUGAACAAUGUGCUGAAGCUCAACAAGAGCUCCAAGCGGCCAAACAAGAUAACAGGGCACUUCAAGAUAUGACACGGAAAGAGCGGGAGGAUAACCUUAGAGAGAAGCAAAUGUCUCAGGGUAUUGUACAGGAACUUACGCAGAAGAUUGAGGAAUUGCAACAGUCACGGAUCAAGAAUCUGGUGAAUCACGAUGGCAAUCCGCUGCGGGAACGGUCUUCGUCCUUCAUUCAGAGUCUUCCAGCCCACUACGAGACCAUGGAGAAGGAACUGGAGCGCCUAAGACUCGACAAUCGUCGUUUGAAAGAGAAGAACGAGGAACUUGAAGAGGAACUGAUGGAGCUCAAGGUCGGACGAGGACAGCGACUCCUUCAGGACGGGGAUCCGGGAUCUCAGGACAACAACUGGGCAGCUGAGACGAAUAAUCUCGCGAUGCUUUCGAAGGAAGAGCUUCUCGAGCAGCUCCUGAAGCUGAAAGACACCAAUAUUCAUCUUAGAGAAUAUAUAGGCACUGUGCUCUCGAAUAUCAUAAUGACCAACCCACAAGUUCUGGAACGGAAGAGCUGAAUCGUUUGCUUGGAAACUCCUGUGGGGAAGCACCAGACAUGUCGGACAUGAACCAAGUUCUAAUGUGUCCGGUGCGUUCUCGCUUGGGGGGCAGAAUUGCGAGUGAAGGGAGAAGUUGAAUCGAAGGAGGAAACUACUAUUUUUUCGCGAGACCUGUUAUAUAAGUUGAAUGAGAAGAGUUACUGUUGCCGUUGGCGAUAUGUCUCCUGAUGACUCGCCUUACAUUGUCUUCAAUCUUAGUCUCUAUCCGAAGAAUCGCCUUGCUCGGAGAGAACGCCGUCGAAAUAUACUCUUCUCCUCUGAGCAUUUCGUUGGAGUCGUGGACGGCGAUGAAAGAAUUACGCAUUCCAUUUUCAAUGAACCAGCACCCCACCGAUCAAAACAUAUCCCGACGAGUGUAUUCGUUCGCGCCACCAUUUUAAUAAGCAAGGUAUCGAAUUCAA